AUGGUGACGAGGAUGGGAUAUGGGGAAGACGCAAGGGAGUUGGAACUAGUUAAAAACUGCCCAUGGCGCAGUGGGGAGCGCCUGAUGUCCGACUCCGAUGAUUUACGGGCGCAGUUUGCACGCUGCAUUCGGCACAUGCGAGAGGGCAGAAAAGGGAUAAGCCCUGACAAAUUCAACUGUCCGGCUCUGACACCCCAGUCACGCAGCCAAGAACUGCUCGCUCAGCUUUAUGAAAGCUUAGAAGCGGAGGGCCACACCACAAUAAGCGUGUUAUUUCAAAUGAUAGUAGAGAAGAAUGCUGAUCCUGAGCAAAUGCUAUUGUCUUACCUAAGAAAGAGAUAUGUUGAUGGCUGCUUUAUAGAAACUGGAAACUUUAUCUUCAUUUUCCACAGUACGGUUAAACUAUUUUUAAAGUCUUUUAUUCUCCUUACAAUCCAAAGACAUUUUUCUGCCAAUGCCUGCUUAUUACCCAUAUGUUCUCUGCACGGUGCUGCAGUCACCACUGUAGAAGGUGUUGGAAGCCCAAAAACCAGGAUUCAUCCAGUUCAGGAAAGGCUAGCCAAGUGCCAUGGUUCUCAGUGUGGCUUCUGCACCCCUGGAAUGGUGAUGUCCAUGUACACUUUGCUCAGAAACCACCUGGAGCCCUCCAUGGAGCAGAUAACUGCAGCUCUGGCUGGUAACUUAUGCCGCUGUACUGGAUAUAGGCCAAUCUUAGAUGGCUGUAAAACUUUCUGUAAGGAAUCAUUUUGUUGUCAAAGGAAAGAAAAUGGGAACUGUUGCUCGGAGGAAAAAGACAGUUCAGCUUUGUUUUGUGACAAUGGAAGGAAGAUCUGCACCAAAUUAUUUUCAGCAGAUGAUUUUCAGCCCUUGGACCCCACCCAAGAAUUCAUAUUUCCCCCAGAGCUAAUGAGAAUGGCUGAAAGUCUGCCAAAAAGAACUCUGGUUUUCCAUGGGGAAAGAACUACCUGGAUUUCUCCUACUAGCCUUGAUGAGCUUCUGGAGCUGAAAGCCAAGUACCCAAAAGCGCCUCUGGUUGUUGGUAACACUAGUGUAGGCCCUGAGGUGAAAUAUGAAGGAGUUUUCCAUCCAGUUAUCAUUUCUCCAGUAAGGAUCUUGGAUUUGAAUGUGGUGACAUACAUGGAUGACGGACUAACCCUAGGAGCUGCUUGUAGCCUUGCUCUAGUGAAAGACACCUUGACAAAUGCAGUCUCAGACUUGGCUCAGGAAAAGGCAAAGAUCUUCCAGGCUCUCUCGUAUCAGUUAAAAUCUCUGGGAGGACCACAGAUCAGGAAUGUUGCUUCUUUAGGUGGAAACAUUAUAAGCAGAAAGUCAACAUCUGACUUGAAUCCCGUUCUAGCAGCUGGCAACUGUAUCCUCAAUCUGGCAUCAAGAGAUGAAAGACGGCAGAUCCCUGUAAGUGACAUCUUUGCAGGUGGAGUUAGUAACAAUGCCCUUAAACCAGAAGAGGUCUUAGUCUCAGUCUAUAUCCCUCAUUCCAGGAGGGGGCAGUUUGUAUCUGCAUUCCGACAAGCUCAGCGCCGGGAAAACUGUCUCCCAAUUGUUAAUGCUGGGAUGAGAGUACUUUUUGCAGAAGGCACAGACUUAAUUCUGGAUUUCAGCAUUUUCUAUGGAGGCAUUGGAUCUACCACAGUUUGUGCAAAACAAACCUGCCAAGCACUCAUUGGGAGGCAUUGGAAUGAGCAGAUGCUGGAUGAAGCUUGCAGAAUGGUUCUUAAAGAAGUUUCUCUCCCAGGCUCAGCCCCAGGUGGAAAGGUGGAAUAUAGAAGAACUUUGAUUGUCAGUUUCCUCUUCAAAUUCUACCUGGAAGUGUUGCAGUCAUUGAAGAGGAUGGACCUGCAUCAAUGGCCUGAGAUACCGGAGAAAUAUGGGAGUGUCCUGCAAGAGUUCUCAACCAAAAUGCCCCAAAGUGUACAAAUGUACCAGGGUGUGGACUCUGGGCAGGUUCCCCAAGAUCCAGUAGGACGACCCAUCAUGCACCAGGCUGGCUUUGAACAUGCCAGUGGCGAAGCUAUUUAUUGUGAUGACAUGCGUGUGGUGGAUGAAGAGCUCUUUUUGGCUGUGGUCACUAGUUCCAAAGCACAUGCAAAGAUUGUAUCAAUUAACACAUUGGAGGCCCGUGCGGUACCAGGGGUGUUUGAUGUCAUAACAGCUCAUGAUGUCCCAGCUACAAAUGAAUUCUACUAUGCCAGUGAUCCAGAGAUUAUAUUUGCAAAAGAGAAGGUGAUUUGUGUGGGUCAGAUAGUUUGCGCUGUGGUUGCAGAUUCUGAUGUUCAUGCCAAACAAGCAGCUGCAAAAGUGAAGAUAGAGUAUGAAGCCCUGGAGCCAGUGAUCCUGACAGUUGAGGAUGCCAUUCAGCACAAUUCAUUCUUUGAGCCAAAAAGAAAGCUAGAACAUGGGAAUGUUGAUGAAGCAUUUAAAACUGUUGAUCAAAUACUUGAAGAGGAACUCCACAUUGGGGGACAGGAACAUUUUUAUAUGGAGACUCAAAGCGUGCUUGUCGUUCCAAAAGGAGAAGCUAAAGAAAUGGAUGUGUAUGUGUCCUCACAGCAUCCAGCACUCAUCCAGGAAAUGGUGGCCUCAUGUUUAGGUGUUCCAGCAAAUAGGAUCAUGUGUCAUGUAAAACGAGUUGGCGGAGCUUUUGGUGGGAAGUUACUCAAAACUGGUCUGUUGGCAUCAGUUGCUGCAGUGGCAGCAAACAAAACUGGUCGGGCAGUCCGUCUUAUCCUGAGCCGGGGUGAGGAUAUGUUAAUCACUGGGGGCCGGCAUCCUCUUGUUGCCAAAUACAAAGUUGGCUUCAUGAAUAAUGGUGGGAUCCUGGCUUUGGAUGUCAAAUAUUACAUUAAUGGAGGAUGCUCCCCUGAUGAGUCGGUUCUGGUAACAGAGCUAGCCUUGCUAAGAAUGGAUAAUGCCUACAAGAUUUCCAACCUGCGAUGCUGGGGCUGCGCUUGCAAGACAAACUUGCCAUCAAACACAGCUUUCCGUGGAUUUGGCUUCCCCCAGUCAGCUCUGGUUACAGAAUCCUGGAUAACAAGUGUUGCAGAGAAAACUGGUUUGUCACCAGAAAAGGUAAGGGAGAUAAACAUGUAUAAAGAAACUGAACAAACACCUUACAAACAAAAGUUGGAUCCCCAGAACCUGAUAAGGUGUUGGAAUGAAUGUAUGGUGAAGUCUGCAUACUACAGCAGACUAAAAGCUGUGGAAGAAUUUAACAGACAAAAUUACUGGAAGAAGAAAGGAAUUGCCAUAAUUCCCAUGAAGUAUCCAUUUGGACUUGGCUCACGUUAUCUUAGUCAGGCUGCUGCUCUGGUUCAUAUCUACACUGAUGGGUCAGUGCUUCUGACUCAUGGUGGAAUUGAAAUGGGACAAGGCAUCCAUAUCAAAAUGAUCCAGGUAAUGGAACUCAAAUAUUAGCCCUUUGCAUUGUGUGUAACACAGGCCAAGACUGAG